AGAAAAGAAAAUAAAAGCCUUAAAAGUGGAAGCAAAACCCUCUCGAUACGACGCCGUUCUUGAUGUCAUCUCCGCCGUACAAACCACCAUGUCCCUCUCUAAAACCCUAACUCAGAAUCUCCGGCGCCGGCCGGCUCUUCCGAUCCCUGCCAACCUUCUCCAGAAAUCUUCUCUCAUUUCCACCUCUGCUCCUGCCGCGUCUGCCGAACCUCAGCAACAAGAUAGACGACAGAGAUCGACAUGGUCAAAGCUGUUGUUGUUCGUACCAGGAGCCAUCACAUUUGGCCUUGGCACUUGGCAAAUCAUUCGAAGACAAGAAAAGAUAAAAAAGUUGGAGUACCAGCAAAGUAGGCUAAGAGACGAACCGCUUAAGGGGAAUGAAAUUGGGCCUGCAAGUGGAAGUUUGGAUAGCCUGAAAUUUAGAAGAGUCCAAUGCAGAGGAGUUUUUGACGAGAAGAAGUCAAUUUAUAUAGGCCCUCGGUCGAGGAGCAUUUCUGGGGUGACUGAAAAUGGAUACUACCUUAUAACACCCCUCGUUCCAGUCCUUGAUGAUCCCAAAAGUGUCGGAUCGCCUGUGCUAGUCAAUAGGGGGUGGGUCCCACGGAGUUGGAGAGAUAAGGCACUAGAUGCUUCAGAAGAGAAACCAUCAUCUAGUAGCUUAUCCAUUUCCACUCAAGGGACUGACGAGAGCCCCAGAAAAUCUUGGUGGCGCUUUUGGUCGAGUAAGGAAGAAACUCUUGAGCAUCACCAUCCGUCUGUCGAUGCUGUUGAAGUUACUGGAGUUAUACGGGACAGCGAGAAGCCCAGUAUAUUUGUUCCAGCAAACGAUCCUGAUGCGGCUCAGUGGUUUUAUGUUGAUGUUCCGGCCAUAGCUCGUGCGUGUGGCCUCCCAGAGAAAACACUAUACAUUGAAGAUAUAAAUGACAAAAUUAACCCAAGUAACCCUUACCCUAUCCCAAAGGAUGUUAGUACGUUAAUCCGCAGUUCAGUAAUGCCACAGGACCAUCUCAACUACACAAUAACAUGGUACUCAUUGUCUGCUGCCGUAACUUUCAUGGCUAUUAAGAGGCUCAAAAGCCAGAGGUAGCAUCGAUGCAGGCAAGCACAAGGACACGUUCUUUUAUUGUAUCCCAUUUUCGUAUUUGAGGUAUAACUUCCAGAAAAUCUGUUCGACUCCAUCCUCACCUCACCUCACCACAUUUGCGCUGUCUUUGGAAUUUUUCUGCAACUUGAAUGUUCAAUAAAACUCCUUGAGUGAGAAGAAGGAAGGAUUCAAUAAAAAGAAGAUAUACUUCGACGAUCUCUCUACUUUUGGAGCUCUUGUGGAAGUGCUCCAAUUGUUUUCUUUUCCGGCAGCGGGCAUCGACCUUGAUUCUUCUUCAGCACGCCCGCAAGAUUUUAGCGCGAAAUCGAAACUCGACCUCGGUUGGGAGGUAUUUUGAACUAUAUAUAUGAUCCAUAUCUUUUUUGUAUUUUUAUUUUAUUUAUGGAAGAUCAAUUUACUAUGAUUAGUAAUGGAUACCUUUGUUAGAUUCUAUGAACUUGGUGAGAAAUUGCCCAUGCUUCAAAAUUUCAGAUUACGUAGACAUUUGCUUCUG